AUGUCAGGUCUUUCCAGAAUCCAGCAGCCAGCAGGCAGGCAGGAGCCAAAGAGGGAGGGUUCGCCCAUGCAUCCACCACCUGCAGACUGUCUGGAGGCCAUGAUUGGGUCUUUGGAGCCGUUUCUAUGGGGGGUGGGCCCCGUUCGACCUGGAUGUGGGCAGGUACAGACAGUCCCAUGA